AUGGAGGUGCACAUUAGUGGAGAGCCCCGGAGAAGGUAUGUCGCGGUCUUUCUUCUUCUCUCUGCCGUCUUGAACACGGCAUCUGCGGUUACUCACUAUUCCAUUCCCGAAGAGAUCGAGGAAGGCUCCGUUGUUGCUAAUUUAGCUGCUGAUUUGGGGUUGGAUGCUAAAAUCAUGGCUCGACGUAAAAUACGGUUGGAUGUUAUCGCCAAUAAGAGGUAUCUGGAGAUAAACAAAGACACAGGGGAGCUACUGAUAGCGGAGAAGAUUGACAGAGAAUACUUAUGCAACGUUAAGACGUCAUCUUGUUUCCUCAAAAUGGAUGUUACCAUCGAAAACCCAAUUAGACUAUUUAAUAUUGAAGUGGAAAUAAUGGACAUAAAUGACAACUCGCCCCAAUUUCGCAGGGACACCAUGCACCUGGAUAUAUCUGAAUCCACCGCUGCAGGAGAACGAUUCUCGCUAACCAAUGCAGUAGACCCAGAUUUCGGUGCAAACUCUAUCAAUACGUAUCACUUAAGCGAGAGUGAGCAUUUCAGUAUAGAGAUUCAGACCGGAAGAGACGGGUCAAAGUUUGCUGAUUUGAUUCUUAAAAAGGUUUUAAACCGAGAGGAGCAGGCGGUUCAUAAUCUAAUACUCACCGCUGUAGAUGGUGGAGUCCCCGCGCGCUCCGGUACAGCCAACAUCAUUGUUCGCGUUAUAGAUACGAAUGACAACGCCCCUCAAUUUGAUAAAGAACGCUACAACAUUAAUGUGAUGGAAAACUCUCCAAUUGGGAGCCUUGUGGUUAAAUUGAAUGCAACAGACUUAGAUGAGGGUACCAAUUCGGAAAUAGUAUAUUCAUAUAGUCUUUAUACAUCAGAUAAAACCCAACAGACUUUCAGUUUGAAUUCCAAAAAUGGUGAAAUCAGAGUCAAAGAAAUGAUAAAUUAUGAAGAUUUCAGGAUUUAUGACAUGGAAGUUAUAGCAACUGAUAAGGGGCCUAAUUCAUUGUCAGGGCAGAGUAAAUUAACUAUUUUGGUCACAGAUAUGAAUGAUAAUCACCCUGAGAUAUCAAUCAAAUCGUUUCAAAGCCCUGUCAAGGAGGAUAUUCCAGUAGACAGUGUGAUAGCAGUGGUUAGUGUCAGCGAUAAAGAUUCAGGUGAAAAUGGGAUAGUUGAUAUUCGUAUUGCUGAUACAUUACCUUUUGCAUUGAGAGAGUCUUCUGAUAAUUAUUAUGAGUUAGUAGUUUCACAACCUCUGGAUCGUGAGAAGGUCCCAGAAUAUGAAAUCACUUUUACCGUAACAGACAGGGGUUCCCCUCCACUAUCUGACAACGAAACUAUGACUUUAGAACUACUAGACGUUAACGACAACGUUCCACAGUUCCCUCAGUCGUUCUACACUAUUCCCGUUAUGGAGAAUAACGCACCUGGGGCCUUGCUAAGUUCCCUCACUGCGUUUGAUCCAGACCUCCAUGAAAACCAGUAUCUAGUUUAUUUCAUCAUAGAGAAGGAGAUAGUGAACACCUCCUUGUCAAUGCUGUUCUCCAUCAAUCCGGAGAACGGUAAUCUUUACGCACUAAAGACGUUUGACUAUGAGAUAGAGAAGGAGUUCCUUUUCCACGUCGAGGCCAGAGACUCUGGUGUUCCUCCGCUCAGCAGUAACGUGACUGUCCACAUCAUUAUUGUGGACCAGAACGACAACACCCCGGUCAUAGUGUCUCCGUGGCGCGCGCACGGCUCCGUGGUGGAGGAGAAGAUCCCCAGAUCCACCGAUAAAGGAUCCCUGGUCUCCAAGGUGAUAGCCAUAGACACGGACUCGGUCCAGAACUCUCGGAUUACAUACCAGUUUCUACAGGUUACUGACGCCACCUUAUUCAGUCUGGACCAAUACAACGGAGAGAUACGUACUAUGAGGAUGUUCAGUUACAGAGAUCCGCGUCAUCAACGGCUGGUUGUCAUCGCCAAGGACAACGGGAAUCCUGCUCUCUCUGCUACAGUUACCAUAAAGCUCUCAACAGUGGAGACUGCCGUUAAAGCCUACUCUGACAUGACGGAAGUGCCUCUAGAAUAUGACAUAUUUUCAGAUUUAAACCUGUAUUUGGUGAUCGGCCUGGGCUCCGUGUCCUUUCUGUUAUUGAUCACCAUAUUGGUCACCUGUGUGCUGAAGUGUCAGAAACCAAUGCCCAGUAAAGCGGCCCCUCCCAGUAGGAACAGCGUGAUCAGUGAGAGGAAUUCGACCAUCGCGGAUUCCACCCUGGUCUCCAACGAUGCCUACUGGUACAGUCUGUUUCUAGCGGAGACGAGGAAAGGAAAGCUGGUAGUCAGACAGCCUGUGCCGAAGGCGGGUUCCAGAUACAUUGUGUCCAGUCUACCAAGGAGCACGGGAUUGACAGAGACCAGCGACUCAGCGGCCUCUACUCUGCAGGGGUCGACCACCACUGGCAGCAGUUCCUCGUAA